UCAACAAAACAACCACGAGCCGGUCUCGGUUUUCCAACCCCUCGCCAAUCCCGGUCGUAUAUAAGCGAACCAUUCCCCGUCAUUCCAGAAAUUCCGGCCGAAGCGCGCCUGAUUCGAUUGUCUCCGUCCGACCCUCGAGAAAGAUUAUCCCAAUUUCGGAUUCACUGUUGCGCAGCUCACAAUUGAUGGAUACGUCUCUGAUUCAUCUCCUCCCUCAGGACACUCUCCAUCAGAUCUUCUCCAACCUCCCCCUCCGUCAGAUCUUAAUCUGUCGAUCCGUCUGCAAAUUAUUCUACGAGACUCUAACCUCGCCUUCCUUUCUAAACCUCAUCUCCGUCCGACCACCUUUCCCGCUCAUCGCUCUCCGUCCGCCCCACCACCAGCGCCACGUGUCUCCCCAUCAUCCCUUUCUCCAUGUCUUCGACCCCGACCUCACCCAAUGGCUCAGAUUCCCGCUUGGUUUCCUCCCGUUCAAGUCUACCGCCGCCAUAGCGUCGUCCUUCGGUCUCGUUUACCUCUGGGCUGACUCCCCCGAUUCCAGCAAGUCACUUGUCCUCUGCAAUCCGCUGACUCGGCAAUUCCGGGUGUUGCCACCGCUUGGCUCGGCCUGGUCCCGGCAUGGAACCGUCCUGGCGGGCACCGGCGGCCGAGUCUUGGUUCUCACUGAACUCGCUGCCCUGUAUUUCUCUGGUUCUGGGCCGUGGCUCAAGUUUUCUUCCAAUUUGGUUUCCAAGCCUCGAUGCCCGAUUUUGGUGUCCGACUCCGUUUUCGCCCUCUGUGAUGUGGGUUCGCCGUGGCGAAACCAGUGGAAGCUGUUCUCGUGUACGGUUGCUGAGCUUGAGAAGUCACAGGGGUGGAAUCGAUUAGAGAAGCAAGAAUGGGGCGACGUGUUUGAUAUAUUGAAGCGGCCCCGGUUGGUUCGGGGGACCGGGAAUCGUCUUCUGAUGGUUGGUGGGUUGAAAUCCUCCUUUUCGUUGAAUGCUUCGUGCUCGACGAUAUUGAUUUUGAGGUUAGAUUUGGAAACAUUGGAGUGGGACGAAGCGGGUCGAAUGCCGGUCGAAAUGUAUCAGAGCUUUCAAGAAUCGAGUAAGUUUAAGGUGUUUGGAGGGGGUGAUCGCCUGUGCUUUUCGGGGAGAAAGGUGGGGAAAUUGGCAAUGUGGGAUUGUUCUUCAGAGGUGGGGAAAGGGGAAUGGAGAUGGAUUGAUGGGGUUCCGGCAAAUGGCGAUGGGCUCUGUAGGGGAUUUGUCUUUGAAGCUAGACUCACAGCGGUGCCUUGAUGGGUUGAUGGGGUACACGGGUCUCUUGUCAUGUUGAUGGACAUUGGUAUGUAGGCAAUGCGUCCUUGUGGUGUCCCGUGUAGAAAACUUCCAUGUUUUUCAGUGAUACUUCAUUUGAUCCAGAACAGUUAAUCUAACUGAGCCAUAUCCCUUCCUGUAUUGAUUCAAAAUUGCCUUCUUUUUUGCUUUAUGUCGUUCUAGCUAAAACUAAUUUGCAGGUCUGAUAAGCAUCUGCAUUGAGUUAAUAUCUUUCUCAUUUAGUAAUAGGUAAUGGUCUGUUAUCUUUCUCAUUGAGACUAAUUAGGGAUGAGCUCUUUUCUGAUCAAGGUUUAUGGGGAGUCGGCCAGAGUAGCUGAAGAUGAGGAAUUGUAAAUGCCCGUAUUGUUUUGAUGGUUAAAUUGAUUUGAACUACUGAUGUUUUUGACGCAGAAAAAAAAUUCUAGAUUAAUUAA